AUGGAUAAACUGCAAACAUUCUCCCAGUCCACUGGUUUAGUGGUUAACCCUGCGAAGUGUAGGAUGUACUUCGGGGGGGUGAAUAAUGAGACCAAAAACGACAUCUUGGCUUCUACUUCGUUUAUGGAAGGGGAUUUACCUUUUCGUUACUUGGGUGUUCCUCUCACCUGUAAACGGCUUUCAACGCAUCAUUAUAUGAGUUUGGUGGACAUAAUUGUUAGGCGGAUUCGUCAUUGGAGCUCCAAAUUACUGAGCUAUGCAGGAAGGCUUUAG